AUUCUCUUUCUACCCUGCCGCCCUCUCCCCGUUGGUUUGCGGGCUGGAGCCGGCUCGGCUGCUCCUGCCGCGGCCGAGCCGCGCUAGUGCCAUGGCCGUGCGGGAGCAGAGCCAGAGCGGCGCCCUCAGCGCGGCCUCGCGGAGCCCCUGUGAGGCGGAGGAGGCUGCGCUGGGCCGGUGCCUGUCGCUGCUGCCCUGGGACCGUUUCUCGGCCUGGCUGCACUGCGUGUGCGUGGUGGGUUUCGACUUGGAGCUGGGCCAGGCCGUGGAGGUAAUAUAUCCUCAGCAUUCAAAACUUACAGAUAAAGAGAAAACCAGUAUUUGCUAUUUGUCUUUUCCAGAUUCCAAUUCAGGUUGUCUUGGAGACACGCAGUUUUGUUUUAGAUUUCGCCGAUCUUCUGGUAGGAGGCUCUCACUGCACUGUAUGCUGGACCAGCUGGAUGGAGACUUACCAGUUUCCUUAAAGAAGGACCCUGCAUAUUACUAUGGCUAUGUAUAUUUUAGACAAGUUCGAGACAAAACAUUAAAAAGAGGCUACUUCCAGAAGUCCUUGGUUCUCAUCAGCAAACUACCUUAUAUCCAUCUUUUCCACACUGUGCUUAGGCAUAUAGCACCAGAAUAUUUUGAAAAGAAUGAACCUUUUCUGGAAGCAGUUUGUAGUGAUGUUGAUCAUUGGCCACCACCAGUCCCAGGGAAAACACUAAAUUUGCCUAUUAUGGGCAUUAUAAUGAAGGUGCGGAUUCCAACAUGUCAUGACAAGCCUGGAACAACCCACAUAGUACAGUUCACACACCAGGAAGACACACAAAUCUCCAUUGCUUUACCUACUGUUCAUGAAGUGGAUCUUUUCAGAUGUUUCUGUCCAGUAUUCUUUCACAUUCAGAUGCUUUGGGAACUAGUGUUAUUAGGAGAACCAGUUGUUGUUAUGGCACCAUCACCUUCCGAAUCGUCAGAAACUGUUCUAGCACUUGUUAGUUGUAUUUCACCUUUGAAGUACUGCAGUGAUUUUAGGCCCUACUUCACUAUACAUGACAGUGAAUUCAAAGAAUAUACCACUCGUACACAGGCCCCGCCCUCUGUCAUUUUAGGAGUGACAAACCCUUUUUUUGCAAAAACACUCCAGCACUGGCCACACAUUGUCCGAAUAGGAGAGAUUAAACUUCCAGGUGAAGUUCCAAAACAAGUAAAAGUGAAAAAGCUGAAGAACCUAAAGACUUUGGAUUCUAAACCUGGUGUUUAUACAUCUUACAAGCCAUACUUGAACAGAGAUGAAGAAAUUAUAAAACAGUUACAAAAGGGUGUACAACAGAAACGUCCCGCAGAAGCCCAAAGUGUAAUUCUUAGACGUUAUUUCUUGGAACUGACACAAAGCUUCAUCAUUCCAUUAGAACGUUAUGUGGCAAGCCUGAUGCCUCUGCAAAAAAGCAUAUCUCCAUGGAAGAGUCCACCACAGUUGAGACAAUUCAGCCAAGAAGAAUUUAUGAAAACACUUGAGAAAGCAGGACCACAGCUCACCUCUGGGUUAAAGGGAGACUGGAUUGGACUUUACAGACACUUCUUGAAAUCUCCAAACUUCAAUGGCUGGUUCAGGACCCGGCGGAAGGAAAUGACACAGAAGUUGGAGGUCCUCCAUUUAGAAGCGCUCUGUAAUGAGGACUUGCUUCUCUGGAGUCAGAAACAUACUGAAGUAGAAACAGUGGAUCUUGUCUUAAAGCUAAAGAAUAAACUGUUCCAGGCUGACAGAGAACAUCUACCCAUGAAACCUGACACUAUGGAAAAGCUACAGAUGCACAUUGAUGCAAUUAUACUCGCACUUCCAGAUGAUUUACAGGAUAUUCUGCUCAAAACUGGAAAUGAUUCUUUUUUAGGAGGAGGAAAUGGGGCAGGAGAGAGGAGACUAUAUUACUUUCAGCUGAAGGAAUCUUAUGGAUUGUUGAGACUAUAUCCAGAAGGGGUUGCAGCACAGUGAAGCUACUUAAAAUACAUGCAUACAGUAAAUAUGCAUAAAUAACCAUUUUUCAUUCUAUAUUAAGCAACAAGAAUAUGUUGCCACUAGAUCACUUUAAACCAAGAAAACUAAGACUGGUAUAAAAAGUGCACAUUUGCUCUGCAUGCAAAGAGUGACUUUGAGGAUCUAUUCCAAGCAGGAUAAGAUGAAGCCAUGAUGUACAAAUAAAUACAGUACAUACUGUACACUCUUAAAUGACAAGUGGUUCACAAUUAUCAAAACAUUCUGCUUUACGUACUUUGAAUAAGUCGAAUAAGAAGUCUUGUGACAUUGCAAUCCUGCUAUGGAAAAAAUGCCUUUGUAUGAUAAAUAUUUCAUACUAUCUUUCUAAAAAUGUCUUUAGGUAUAAACGGUCACAUUGUUAUUUUUAAGAAAAUAUGUAUUUUAAUAUUCUUACAGUUUAUAUAAAAUUAUUCGUGAUCAGAAGGUAGUUUAACAAAUUGUAUCAAGACUGUCAUUUAAAUUAUACCACUAUGGCAUUAAUUAAUCUCUAACUUGCAAUUUGUUUUGCACAACUGAUGACUAGCAUUUCUAACCCUGAAACUGAAAAGUGGCCAUUACUCUGGUAAAUUAUCUUUUAAAUAUGACAGGUUUCAGAGUAGCAGCCGUGUUAGUCUGUAUUCGCAAAAAGAAAAGGAGUACUUGUGGCACCUUAGAGACUAACCAAUUUAU